AUGGUUGAGAUAUUGAAAACAGAAGCCACGGACGGCACUGCAAGAAAUCUUACAAGUUGUAGUAGAGCUUUUGUUUGGCUCACCAGAACCGGAGUGCGGAGAGUUUCUGCAUUAUGGGACGCACCUGGUUCUGGUCGACCAAACAAAUAUUAUCUUGUGGAAUCAGCAGGGUCCUUGCUGGUAGUUAUUUGUUAUGCAGAAACCAAAGGAGCAUAUCUUGAGUUCCAUAGCCGAAGCUACUGUAUCCGACAGUAUUCAUCAACUGCGACAAACUUUAGGGUAUUCGAGGUGUCAUCUGGAAAUGGCUUUAAUAUUGAGAGGGCAUCUGUUUUUGAUGAAGGAAAGUUCCCCUUGGAAUUCAUUACAAGGGAAACACCAUUCUCUUCCUGUUUCGAUUUCUCAGCGCCUCCGAAGCCUUUGUUAAUUGCAACACCAACUGUAAACGGCACUUAUCCAGUACUCUUGCUUCUUCAUGGCUUCUACCUCCGCAAGUACUUCUACAAAGGAAUACUCCAACACACAGCUUCUCAUGGAUUCAUAGUUGUUGGACCUCAGUUUUACAGCUUGGUGCCACCAACUGGACCUGAAGAAAUUGAAUCAGCUGCAAAAGUGGUGAACUGGUUAGCACAAGGCCUUCAGUCUCUGCUGCCCGAAAAUGUUGUUGCAGACUUGACUAAAGUUGCUCUAUCAGGCCGUAGCAGAGGCGGAAAAGAAGCAUUUGCACUAGCACUUGGGCAUGCCAAAGAAUCUUUGUCCCACAAAUUUUCAGUGCUGAUUGGGAUUGACCCUGUCGCGGGUGCUAACCAAUCUUGCAGAACUCACCCCCAUAUCCUCACCUAUGUCCCUAGCUCUUUCGACCUGAACAUACCUGUAGAGGUAAUUGGCAGUGGCCUUGGACCGGAAAAGAAGAAUGGUUGCAUCUGCUACGGCCACUACUGGGUGAGCGAGGACGAAGCUCACCUCUACUAUAGUUUUUGUGUAGGUUAG